GUUGGGGGGUUUAGAACCUAAAUUUUACGUUAAGGGUUAGAAGUUAGCCGGGUUUAAAGGGAGGCCCUCAAACGGCGCUUUCUUUUUGGUCUCUCGUAAUAUUGGGGUUUGGGAGUGAGCGAGCGAGCGCGAGCAAGCGAGUUGUCACCAAAAUAAUGAACUCGACCCCGGCUUACAGUAACGGCUACCAGCAGCAGCAGCAGCAGCCACACGGGAUGAGCCAGAGGGAUAGAGUCCGCCGGGGAACACGUGCGAGGUCACGUGAGCUCAGAGACAACUUCGGCAGUGGUGGUAAUUUUGGCGGGCUUAGGGUUUCUGAGCACAAUAAGCAGCAGCAACAACAACAGGGAGCGCCUUGUACGGACUUCGACAUGGCCUAUUUCCACUCCUACGCGCACGUCGGCAUCCACGAAGAAAUGAUCAAGGACCGUGUACGCACUGAAUCUUAUAGGGCGGCAAUCAUGCAGCACCAGAGCUCUAUAGCAGGCAAAGUUGUAGUGGAUGUUGGCUGUGGCACUGGCAUUCUUUCUAUAUUUUGUGCUCAGGCUGGUGCAAAACGUGUAUAUGCUGUUGAUGCAAGUGACAUUGCAGUGCAGGCAAAUGAAGUUGUGAAAGCAAACAAUCUAUCUGAAACCGUCAUCGUACUACAUGGGCGAGUUGAGGAUGUCAAUAUUGAUGAGGAGGUUGAUGUUAUAAUUUCAGAAUGGAUGGGCUACAUGCUUCUGUAUGAGAGUAUGCUGGGAAGUGUGAUCACAGCAAGAGAUCGCUGGCUAAAACCUGGAGGUCUAAUACUUCCUUCAAGUGCAACGUUGUACAUGGCACCUAUCACACAUUCUGAUAGAUACAGUGAAAGCAUAGAUUUCUGGCGCAAUGUUUAUGGAAUUGACAUGUCUGCCAUGUUGCCAUUGGCAAAACAAUGUGCGUUUGAAGAGCCAUCUGUUGAGACGAUUGUGGGUGAGAAUGUUUUGACAUGGCCACAUGUGGUUAAGCAUGUGGAUUGCCAUACAGUUACACAUCAUGAGUUAGAAUCUGUUACGGCAAACUACAAGUUCAAGUCAAUGAUGCGAGCUCCAUUACAUGGGUUUGCAUUUUGGUUUGAUGUCGAAUUCAGUGGACCUACAUUAGCUCCUACAAAUAAUCAGGCACCAUCCGUGCUUUUUAACAAUCUUCCAGUGGAGAGUCAGCAGAGGAAGAAACGAGCAAAUCCCAAUGAAGCAUUGGUUCUGUCCACUGCACCUGAGGACCCUCCAACGCAUUGGCAACAGACUGUGCUAUACUUCUAUGAGCCAAUUGAGCUGGAGCAAGAUCAACUCAUUGAAGGUUCUGUAACACUAUCACAAAGCAAAGAAAACCGCCGAUUCAUGAAUAUCCACCUUGAAUAUGCCUCAGGUGGAAGAUCCUUUGUAAAAGAGUCUGUAAUGAGACCUUGAUUCUUUGCAGACCAUUCUGGGGGGCUUUGCAAUAACUUUAACUUGCAAAGCCUUACAUAUUAGAGGAGAUACGUGAAUUAAUUUAGGAAGAUUUGAUGUUAAGCCUGUGUGCGCUUAAGAAUGUUAAUGUCGUUGAGGUUAAAUUCAGACAGAUAAAUUGUGAUACAAUUCGAAAGAGAGCAUGUAAUUCGGAUGUUGUCAAGUUAUUGUUAUUUAUGGUAUACUGACAUCACCACUAACUAAAAUUUUGUGAGUGGAAUCAUCUGUAGCAAAUUGCGACCAUGCACAAUUUGUUUCUCUCUA